AUGACACGCCGAAUGAGUUUGAAUUAUGAGUUGAUUCAUAAGCAACGAGACAUUCAAAUGGAUGUCAAUGGGCAAGAAGAGGAGCAGGCGCUCGAUAAUUCAUUUAUGAAUGUGGCACCAUUCAUGAGACUUGUGGGGUUGAUUGAGCCUAUGACGCCAUUUGAGGAUCUCGCCGACUGCUUGGAAAUGUUCCAGGAACCGAUUAACGAUUCUGAUUGGAAGCAUCUCUCACUUUCAUCUCUUCGCGAUCAUCUGGAGUCGACACCCCCAAUCGAGAUCAUCCGGCCCGAAGUGUCAUGCUUCGGUUCAGUUGCCAGCAGUGGCCUGGGAACUGCGAAUAAUUCAUUCGCUUCUGUGGUCGAUCAACCGUCCACUACGGACGGUGACAGUGACUUCGAGGAAUUCGAAAUCGAAGAUGUCUUC